AUGCAACUUGAUGUGAAAUCUCGAUGGAGUUCUACACAUUACAUGUUGGAAUCAUUCAUUGAAUUUCGUCCUAUAAUAGAUAUUUUGUUUAAAAAUGUACGCAAACUUAGUCUAUCAAAAAAACAGACAAAUAAUUUAUUAGCAUUACAAAUAUCUAAUACUUCUUGGGAUUUACUUGAACAACUAAAAAAAGUUUUAGAACCAUUUCGUAAUGCAGUAAAACUCAUCAGUGGAUCUCAGUAUCCAACAGUCGGACUGACUUUAUUUGUUUUACGUAAACUUCAGCAAAAUUUCUUGGAAAUCAUUCAACCUGAUGAUGAUGAUAUAAUUUUGAAAAUAAAAGAACUUCUUUAUGAAAAAUUUAUAUAUUAUACAAGUGCAAAUGAAUAUGGUGAAGGUUUCAAAACAUUACUCACAUGUGCAUAUUUUGAUCCUUAUGGUUUGUCUGUAUUGACACCAAGAGAAGUUGGAUCGAUCGAACGUUUUUUGAAGAAUUCACCUCGUCAAUUAAUUGGUCAACAACAACAAUUUGAAAAAGUACCAUUAAAUAAAAAAAUGUCAACAUUAGAUAAAUUUCUAGAUUCAAUUGAUAGUAAUAGUAAAGAUAAUCAUGCAGAUUAUUCAAGAAGCACGCCAUUGUCGUUGGAUAUAACAAAUGAAAUGAAGAAGUACAAACGAUUGGCGUCAAACUUUAUGGCUAAUGCUGAUGCUGAAUCAGAUAAAUCUGUUUUAUUAUUCUGGAAAAAAAUUGGCAAAGCAUACCAAAUUUAUCUGUUCUUGUAAGAAAGUAUCUUGCAAGUCCAGCUACAAGUGUUUCUUCAGAAUGUGCAUUUAGUAAGAGCGCAUAUUAUAGUAGAAAAGAACGUUCGAGUUUACUCAGUGAUAAACUUUCUCAAUCAGUAUUUCUCAAGGAUAAAUUAUUUCCAGAAGUUUAGCAAAGCUAGUCUAUGUGAAUUUAAUAAAAGAAAAAAAAAUGAUUUACCAUAUAUGACAUUUUUUUGUGAUUUUUAUUGUUUUUUCAUCUUUCUCGACUUUUUUAUGACUUUUUUAUUUUUUUUUGAUGAUACUUGUUUUUUUCUUCGCGAUCUUGAAGAAGUAUAUCUUAAACAUUAAAGACAACGUACCAUUUAAACAAGAUGAUGAUUCACAUAUACUACUUUUAUUUGAACAAACUUUUUGAAAGAUAUUGUGCAACUUUUCAAGAGAUAGAAAAGUAGGUUUUUCUUUUAUCUAGGAGAAAUAUUGAUAUCAUGAUGGCAUAAGUCUGAAGCAUUUAUCAUUGAUGCUAUGUUACUUAUGCAGACUGUUUCUAUAAAAAGCGCAGCGAGAGAAUUCUAUUCAUAUUAAAAGAACUUAAAAAUAAACUGGAUAUAACAUUGAUUUGAUCAAAGUUUUAAUUAC